CAACUGCUCCCCAGUUUCCGCAGGGAAGCGCCGGGCCCCCGCUGCUAUUGUAUCGGGCUUUCUCUGUCGCUCCGGGUCUCUCCCCCCUUCUCUCCUCUGCCCCUCCCGCCCGCCCCGGGAAGGCUGGGCUUCCACCCGCGCAGCGUUAACCCUUAGCUGGCCAGCAGCCCGGGGAGCCGCGUCGGGAGCCGGGGGAUCCCCGGGGGCCAGCCGCCGUGCUCCAGGGAAAGGGCAAGAAGGCCGCCGCCGGCUCUUUAGGGCUCGGGCUGCGGGGCGGGGAGCGGACCGGGACCGUCGCUAGCUUUAAGAACGGGAGCCCCGCGGCCGGGGAAAGAGGGCCCGGGCCGGCCAGGUGUGCGUGGCCCCGCUCCGCGCCCCGCCCCGCCCCGGCGCUAUGGGGCACCCCCCGCUCGAGUUCAGCGACUGCUACCUGGACAGCCCCGAUUUCCGCGAGAGGCUCAAAUGCUACGAGCAGGAGCUGGAGCGGACCAACAGAUUCAUUAAAGAUGUGAUCAAAGACGGCAACUCCCUCAUCGGCGCUAUGAGAAGUUACUCUUCAGCUGUGCAGAAAUUUUCUCAGACCCUGCAGUCCUUCCAGUUUGACUUCACUGGGGACACGCUGACAGAUGAUGAGAUUAACAUUGCGGAAUCUUUUAAGGAAUUUGCUGAGCUCCUCAGUGAAGUUGAAAAUGAAAGGAUGAUGAUGGUACAAAACGCUAGUGAUUUGUUGAUCAAACCGCUGGAAAAUUUCCGUAAGGAACAAAUCGGCCUGACCAAGGAACGGAAGAAAAAAUUUGAGAAGGACAGUGAGCGGUUUUAUUCUUUGCUGGAUCGUCACUUGCAUCUGUCUUCCAAGAAGAAAGAAUCCCAGCUCCAGGAGGCUGACUUACAGUUGGACAGAGAGAGACAUAAUUUCUUUGAGUCAUCUCUUGACUAUGUGUACCAGAUCCAGGAGGUUCAGGAGACCAAGAAGUUCAAUAUUGUAGAGCCUGUCUUGGCUUUCCUUCACAGUCUCUUCAUUUCCAACAAUCUGACAGUAGAACUAACACAGGAUUUCCUUCCUUACAAACAGCAGCUCCAGCUCAGUCUGCAAAAUACAAGAAAUCACUUUUCUAGUACCCGAGAGGAGAUGGAAGAACUUAAGAAGAGGAUGAAGGAGGCCCCCCAGAUGUGCAAACUCCCAGGGCAGCCAACCAUCGAGGGCUAUCUCUACACCCAAGAGAAAUGGGCUCUGGGAAUAUCAUGGGUGAAAUACUACUGUCAAUAUGAGAAGGAGACCAAGACAUUGACAAUGACUCCCAUGGAACAAAAACCAGGAGCUAAACAGGGACCUGUGGACUUAACCGUGAAGUACUGUGUUAGGAGGAAGACAGAAUCAAUCGACAAGAGGUUCUGCUUUGACAUUGAAACUAAUGAAAGGCCGGGCACUAUAACACUGCAGGCCCUUUCUGAAGCCAACAGGCGGCUCUGGAUGGAAGCAAUGGAUGGAAAAGAACCAAUCUACCACAGCCCCAUAACGAAACAGGAAGAAAUGGAACUCAAUGACGUCGGCUUCAAAUUUGUCAGGAAGUGCACCAAUGCAGUGGAGGCCAAAGGCAUCACGACAGAGGGAGUUUACCGGACCGUGGGCAGCAACAUUCAAGUUCAGAAGCUACUGAAUGCCUUUUUUGAUCCCAAGUGCCCAGGAGAUGUUGAUUUGCAGAACAGCGACUGGGAUAUUAAGACAAUCACCAGCUCCUUGAAAUUCUACCUCAGGAAUCUUUCGGAACCUGUUAUGACAUAUAAGCUCCACAAAGAACUGGUCUCUGCCGCCAAGUCAGAAAACCUGGAUUACAGGCUGGGAGCCAUUCACGCUCUGGUCUAUAAGCUUCCUAACAAGAAUCGGGAUAUGCUGGAACUCCUCAUAAGACACUUGGUCAACGUGUGUGAGCAUAGCCGAGAGAACCUGAUGUCGCCCUCGAACAUGGGAGUGAUAUUCGGACCCACUCUGAUGAGGGCUCAGGAGGAUACUGUGGCUGCCAUGAUGAACAUUAAAUUCCAGAACAUCGUGGUGGAAAUUCUCAUUGAACACUUUGACAAGAUCUAUUCGGGCCCACCCGAGGACAAUGCUGCACCCCCAGUGCCUCCUCCCAGGGUGACGGCAAGAAGACACAAACCCAUCACGAUUUCUAAGCGCCCAUUGCGGGAAAGGACUGUUUUCUACACUUCUUCAGUGGAAGAAAAUGAAGAUGAAAUCCUCAACGGCCCCCUUGCUGACAGCCCAGAAAGUCCCAAACCGCUGCCUCACCACAAGUUGCCUGUGCAGAGGAGUGGGGAAGCUGAGCCUGGGAGAAAAUCCCCAAUCAGGCCCAGUUCCGAUGGCAGGUUGGAGCCGUGCCCGGAGGUGGACGUGGGCAAGCUGGUGUCCAGACUGCAAGAUGGAGGACCCAAGCCCCCUACCAAAGUGGCCAAUGGUCUCAUGAUGGGUCCUGGGCCGGCUAGGGCCCCCUCUCUUCAUGUGAAAAGACCGGCUCCCAGGCCUCUGGCUCACAGCAAGGAGGGUGACUACGACAGCUUCAAUAAAGCGCGCUCCCCGGGAGACAAACCGGCAAUAACUCGGCCUCCAGUGCGUCCUCCGGAUCCUCCGUGCCGGGCUGUUGUGCCCCAGAAGCCAGAUCCCAAGCCAGAGCCUGUGGGCGGAGGAGCCCAGGAAACCAUGGCUUCCGUGGUGGCUUGCCGGACCCGAUUCUUUGAAACGGCUUCUCGGAAGACAGGAAGUCCCUCAUCUCAACAAGGAAGACUCGCUGGGGAUGAGAGUUGAGGCCCAAGUUUUUAGGAAUCCUGGCCGGUCCCAGAUGACUCCAUGCUUCUGAAAGGGCCUCCUCUAAACUCUUUUGUGUGCUCAGGACUCCUGGGCUGAAAGGCAGCUCCCUGCUGGAACCUGGCUCGGGAGAGUCCAGGAAACUGUAGAAUUAGUGGGACUCUGGACAUGUUUUAUUUUCCUUUUGCAUCUUUUCCUUCCGGUCUCAGAAAAGCUAUCUUGAGGCCGGUGGAAAGAGAGCCUGUUGACUUCCCGUACAGGCUGUGGACAUUCGGGCUUGUAUUCCCUGGGGUAAAGAAGAGAGCCCCCUCCUUCCGGUCAGACUCCGAGCCAUCCGAGGCAAAGUCAGGGUGCCUGGGACUGGCUUGUGGCUAGCCCCCAAGCCCCUCGGUAUCCUGCCUCUGAGGGCUGCCGAGUUCUGAUGGCAUUGGAACCGACACCCCAACUCUUGGGCCUCUGUCACCCCAAUCCAUUCCUUUGCCCAGACAAUGCUCGCGGAGAACCCUGGCUUGACCAGGGCAGUUGCAUGCGUCUGGCUGUUUGCCAUGCAGAGGAAACCCUCCAUUGGGUGGUUUCCCUAUUUUCCAGCUGGCAGCUGUGGGUCACCCAGAGCAUGGUUGGUGUUAAGAGCACUCCCUCAGCUCCGUCUCCUCUCUGUUUCUCUUCCUCCCUUUAUCCCCUUUCUCUCUGUCUCUCUCUCCUUCUGGGUUUUCUGCCAGCUCUCUUGCAUGAGUAUUUUGGAAACAAUCGCAAACAAAAACAAGACAAAACGCGCCAAGCAAACAUUCUGCUUUUGAAGUUUAGCCUUCUUUGAGUAACUUUCAUUCUGUUUUCCUCUCGCCGGCUUCUUCCCAGAACAAAUGAGAGAAACAGAAUCAGGAAGCAUUCCAAAAAGAAUCCCUUCUGCCUGGCCCUCUUGUGGAGGGGCUGGGCUUUUGAGAUGGCUGGGAGGCUAAGGGAGCGCCGGGGUAGAGAACACAAUCACAGCGUCCCAUUUCCAACAUCCGGUCCGGGCUGCUGCCUCGGGCUCCCCGCUUCCAUCCCCGGCAAUUGCUCCGUGUAACCUGCUCCCCUUGGGCAGCGUGGUGAAGCCUAAGGACCUCUCUGUAGAGUCACGAAUUUCCACGCAGAGGCUGACAAAGGAAACUGGUCCUUUUGAAUUUGGUUAGCAACAUUUCGCGCCCCCCCCCCCCCACAGGCCCGUAAGUUUCACCACUUCCAGGUUAAGAGGCCAAACCCUCCAUAAACAUCUCCCAGAGACAAAAGAAACCCUCCUGCAGUGGGAAGAAGCUUUCCUCUCAUCUAGCAGGGGCCGUAGUCUACAGGCCUUAGUCAGGCCUUAAACCGUAGCUAGGUUUCAAACUUCAAACACUAGCUUUGCCCUGAGCCCAGGGGUCCCAUAGAUUGGCUACCCCAUGAAACCCUUCCCACUGAACACCUAAUUCCGAUUUGGUAGCCUUCUUACUAACCCUUAACCUGUUCCCCGGCCUAACCUUGUUCACACCUAGCUUAGAAUGUUCCUAUGUGACUCACCCCCCCCCCUUUUUUUUUUUUUUUAACUCCAGCAUAUCCUGCCCUGUGUGUGCAUGGCUUCUGGGCAUUUUAGCUGUUUGUGAAAUCCCUCCUCAGAGGACCUUUCCUAGGUGAUCUGCAAGUGAAAGGCAAAUGAACACAGUGAGUUCUGGGGAGUAAACAUCUCCAUGUCCUGCCUUCCCCUCCUCCCCAUCACCUCCUCAGCCCCAAGCUAGGAGAAAAUGUCCCGUACUUCGGCCGACUUUGUUAGGGUUUCCAGCGUGACAUCAUCAAGGUCGGGACUGACCUUUUUGCCUUUUAUCUAGCCAGCAGAGAAGGGUAAUCGUGCUUAGGAGGAAGAGGGGAGGGUAGCAUACUGCAGGUGGGUGCCUCGGUGCCACAGGGCUGCUAACCCAGUGCUAUUGGGGCCUUUGUUGUCAGAACCAAGAAAACCUUCUCACCUUGGGUUACUGGGGAGUUCAACGUGGACGUAGUCCAAACGUUCAAGGGCUUGGGAGGGUGGGUAGGUGCUGAGUGAAUAGAGUCAGGAAGAUCUGAAUUUAGGCUCUGCCUCAGAUACUUAGUAGCUGGAUGACCUUAAACAAGUUGCUCCAUCUCUGCUUUGGAAGCCUCAGUUUCCUCAGCUGUAAAAUGAGAGCUUUGGGCCACACCCAAAUUGAUUGAGCCACUCCAUUAUACAUUAGGCAAUAGCCUAGUUGAAGCUGCUGAGAAAUCCCUCAAAUGAGAUCCAGUUAAAAGAUUAGAGUCUAGCCUCGGGGAGGUGAGUUGGAGGGAAGUGUGGGGGCCAACUGGUCUAGUCCAAGUGUGACUGGGAUUCCUCAGACGGAGAACAGAGAAUUUGCCUGUCAGUUCUCUCUCUGCUACUACCCGUGUCACUUCAGAUGAGUCACUUCUCUCUCUGGGCUUCGGUUUGUUCCUCUAUAAAAUGGGUAGGACUAGGUGCCUCAGGGAGCCCUGCCAGCUCUAGUUCUGGGAUCCCAUGAUCCUUUGAUUCUCCAGCUUCCCUUGAACCUUUCUCCUGAGGGAUUUACUAAACCCAUGGCCAGCCUGUUCCACUUUUGGACAGCUCUCAGAGGAGAAGCCGCAAGACAUGAUGGCUAAGGAGUUGGUCUUAGGGUCUGAAUGACUUGGAUUCAGAUUCCACCCUAGCUGGAUGACCCUGGCUAGAUCAUUUCAUUUCUUGUUGCCGCAGGCAAUGUCACUCUUUAAGACUCCAUUGCAGAGUAAGUGCUACAUGCAUUGGUAAAAAGGAUUAACUCUUAUAGGAAUUCUCUGUGCAUCCAAAUAGAGGUCCCCUCCCAACCCCCAGUGCUCAUUGGGCGGAAGUUUUUCCAAGGCAUUGAGUUACAAUCUGCCACCUCUGCUCCUAGUUCUUCUGUUUGGGACUGUCCUUCAGGUACUUGGAAGACACACAGAUGGUCCAGCUCAGUCUUCUCUUCUCUAGAUUGAACAGUCCCUGUUCCUUCACUAACCUCCCAAUAGAACCAUUUCGAGUAUCCCCAUCACGGGGUCUGUGCCUAUGGAGGAUGGGGGGCAAUCCAUGAAGUCUGAUAGCCACCCACUGAGACUCCUUAGAGUGAAUGUGGUGCAGUACAGGACUAGCAGGCCUUGAAGUCCUUUGGGCAAGUCAUUUCCCCUGUUUCCAAUUCAGUUUUCACCAUGAUAAAGUGAGGCAUUGGACUGGAUAGCCUCUAAGGGGCCUUCCAGUUCCGGUCCGUUCUUGAUGCUGGAAUAACAAUGACCUCCCAAUCACUGUAGCAUCUGCAGGAUUCCCACUGAGGAAUGGCCUUUAUCUACUAGUAAGGCAUUAAGCCAGACCUCCUCUCACCCAGAGGACUUCAGAGAAGGAGCAAGGUGAAGUUCUAAGGAAAAGGAAGGGGGACACAAGGGCCCAGGCAAAGAGGUCAAACAGAAGAGGAGGCCGUGGGGGUCUUUGGGGAUCUUACACACAAUCAACAGGGGUCUUAGGUCAGCCAACCUGAGGCUAAAACUGACAAUUAUCCAACCAAAUCAGCAUCUCGCCGCGGCAGGCCACAGCCCAAAGGCCAACCUCUUUGUGACGGCCACAACUCCCUCUCGCUCCACCAUCCCCGCUCCUGCCCCAACAUGGUGACAAAGGGCCAAGGGUGCAGACUUUUCCCUGCCCAGUCACCCGAUGUGGGGCUAUAGACUCUUCCGAAACUGGAUUCCUCAUCCCCCCACCCCAUCCCCUGUUGCCUUCACUUCAACCAGAUAGAACUCUUGCUUAAAGACUGUCCUCGCUCUUUUGGAAAUGAAGCAUUGACUUUUUGACAAGCAGGUAGAAUGUAAGCUCCCCGAGGGCAGGAGAUCGUCUCAUGUUUGUCUUUUUGUGUCCAUAGCGCCUAGCACUGUGGCUGUCACAUAGUAGGUGCUUAAUAAAUGUUUGUUGAAUAGAACAAAAGAAAACCGUGUAUCUUCUCCUCAGUAUCUCCCCCUUCACAUAAAGAAAGAGGUUUGGGGCUCUUGAUGCUUAACACAGGGUAAAAGCUUGAGAUAUUCACGUAGGUCAAGGGUCGUGGAAUAGCUCCCCUCCAAACAACUUCCACUCCAAACCUGCUUUGGAUGCUUCCCACUUGUGUGAUCUAGUAUAUGUCACAUAGCCUGCUUGGUUUUCAGUUUUCUCAUCUGUAGAAAGAAGUGGUUGGACUGGAUGGCCAAGAAAUCCCUUUAGAGUCUGUAUCUAUUCUAUAUAUGGUCAUAUAUAGACCCUCUACAGGUUGUGUCUCUUCCUUGGACCUCAGUUUCUUCCUUUGUAAAAAUAAAGGGAUUGGACUCACUGGCCUCUGAGGGCCCUUCCAGGUACCAUGAUUCCUUAACCAUGAUGCCAAAUCUGCACAUAUAUAAAGAUGGUACUAUUGGCUACCAAAGUAUCAAGCUAAUGGAAUAUCAGGAAGAACGCUGGUAGAACAGAGUUCAAAUCCCAGCUUUGCCAUUUUCUACUUAAUCGACCUCGGUCAAGUCCCUUCUUCCUGAGCCUCACUUUCCCCCUCUAGAAAAUCUGAGAGUUGGUCUAGAUAACUUCAGGGAUCCAUUAAAACCUCAUAAACAUCAGCCAAUGAAAAUUCUGAAGGGAAAUGAGUGUGGGUAUAAAAAAGGAGGAGAAAAAGCAACAACUUCAAAUCCAUGAUUUCAUUAAACUUAUGGAUAAGGGUCAAAAGUCUCGCUGUGUUUCCGUAAUCAAGCUGGGCCCCACAGGGUGUUUUGAACU